AUCAUGCGCCGCAUCAUUCUGUCUGGUUCUUUGAUAUGUUUCUACGCAUUGUACUUCGGGUGUGUAGAUGGUCGUAGGGUACUAUUUGAAAACGUUGUUCAAGUAUCCGGAUUUAACGAUACACUAGUCGAUUUACGCGUGCGAAAGUUCAACCGUACGAUGUCGGUGCUGAAUGGAUCAAUAGUCAUUCCCAAUUGGAUUGAUGACAUUCCACAGCUCUCGUUGGAUCUCUUUUACAGCCGGCUUGGAAAUCAGCAGUUUAAUCACUACCCGAUGAAGUUCCCGUUGGCCGGUAUCUGCAGCUUUAUCGAUCACAUGCACCGGAACUAUGAGCAGUACAUUGCACCGUUGAAAAACUUUCCAGCACUAGGCGAAUGCCCGUUUUCGCCACGGUCCAUCAAUAUUGUCGACUUUGCAUUUCCGGAGGAACCGGUACCGAUAGUAAUGCCGGCAGGGCUUUGGAAGGUGGUGAUAACCAAACGCAUGAAAGAGGUAGAAACGUUGAAGUUCUACUAUCUUAUAAAAAUUCUUGCUUAUUAGGAUUGGAAUUGGCGUUUCCUGCUUUUUCUGUAGUAAAAUGUGCCUGGUUUUUGCUAUUUUUGCGUCAAAACAAGCAAAAGCCCAGCACUAAAAAUCCUAAAUGUUGAGUAAAUUGCAUAUGAUGUGGCGUUUGCAGCCUACUUUUAAUGUAAGGAAACACAGUACUCAAUGUGAUAGAAAUUAAAAUAAUGUAAAAAAAUGCAAGAA